ACUGUUCGCCCUGCAGGUUCCUCCUCAUCCACAGUACAAAGUCUUGAGACGAACGACUGGAGCGCCUCGGAGUUCUGACACUUCUCACCAUCUGUUUGGCACGGAUUUUUCCUCCACUUUAGAUCGGGUUGAAACACUUGACGGUACAAGAUGUCCGUCGCUGGAUUACGGAAGCAAAUUAACAAAGCAACUCAGAUGAUAAAUGAGAAAGUUGGAGGUGCAGAGGGAACCAAACUCGAUGAAGAUUUCAAGGAACUUGAAAGGAAAGCUGACAUCACCAGCAAAGCUAUGCUGGAGGUCAUCAGUAAAACAACAGAAUAUCUCCAGCCCAAUCCAGCAACAAGGGCUAAGCUCACCAUGCUCAACACCGUGUCCAAAAUUCGAGGCCAGGUGAAUAGUCCGGGCUACCCGCAGCCCGAGGGCCUUCUGGGAGAAGCCAUGUCAAAAUAUGGUCGCGAUAUGGGAGAUGAUACCAACUUUGGUGGAGCUCUGUUAGAUAUUGGAGAAACGAUGAAGAGGAUGGCUGAGGUCAAGGACUCUCUGGACAUUGAUGUGAAGCAGAACUUUAUUGACCCACUGCAGGCCGUUGCUGACAAAGAUAUCAAAGAUAUUCAGCACCACCUGAAGAAGCUGGAGGGCCGCCGUCUCGACUAUGAUUACAAAAAGAAGCGUCAAGGUAAAAUCCCAGAUGAGGAGAUCAGGCAGGCGCUGGAGAAGUUCCACGAGUCCAGGGAUCUGGCCGAGACCUCCAUGUAUAACCUGCUGGAAACUGAUGUGGAGCAGGUGAGUCAGCUGUCAGCUUUUGUGGACUCUCUGCUUCAGUACCACCAGCAGGCCUCACAAAUCCUGGAGGAGCUCAACGGCCGGCUAAAAGAAAGGGUCGCUGAUGCUCAGUCCCGUCCCAAACGAGAGAUGCCCAAAAAAAGACAGGAGUCUUUUGACUAUGGACCGGAACAGGACCACUCAAACGGAGGAUAUCAACCCGCUGCCAUAAACCCUCCAAGUUAUUCUGCCGCCGCCAAAUCCCCGCCCUUCCAAAGACCGUCUGUCAAGAAAAAGCCAACGGAGCCAUGCUGUAAAGCCAUGUACGACUUCGAGCCGGAGAAUGACGGAGAGCUGGGCUUUCGCGAGGGAGACAUCAUCACCUUGGUCUCUCAAAUCGAUGAGAACUGGUAUGAGGGAAAGUUACAAGGAAGAUCUGGAUACUUUCCCACCAACUACGUCCAAGUGAUGGUGCACCUGCCAUACUGAACAGAAUAAAGAGAACAUCACAAAAACUAAAUAAAAAAUAGGAUGAUAGAAAUGUAAAAAUGCCAACCAAUAGAUCCUAUUUUCUUCACUGCAAUGAAAGUGGGUAAAAAAGCAAGAAAGUGGCCAAAUCUUUGUGUCUUUGUAGUACAAGAGUACAUGGGACUGUUCUGCAAUGCAUUUACAGUUAAGAACACGUUAAUUGUGAAGGGAUGCGUAUUAAGUGAAAGGGAUUGCAUAAUGUUUUAGGUGCAUUUAACUUGUCCUGAGUCUUUAUAGUCUUUUGCACCCAUGCAACUUUGCACACUACAGCUCCUCAACCAAAGCUGGAGGUGAAAAAGGAAAACAUCUACAUAUAACACUAUUCAACUUUGACUUUUUGUUUAUUCUGUAAGUUUUCUCUUUUAUAUUGGAACUACUCACUAUGAUAGUUGUGUCUUAUUUAUAAGCAAACAAAGGAGGCUGUCCUUUAGGGAAUGAAAACACCUCCACUGCCAUCUGCUGGUACUGUUCAACAGACCUGUCCUCGCUCAUGAAUAGAGUCAAAAUGCCUUCAUUUCUUCUGGAUUUUGCAUAAUAAACCAUUAUGGAUGGCAUCUCCCAAAUUUAUGGGAUUUCAAAUACUCUGUACAGUUUCUGUCCACCAACUUUGAAAAUAUCAGCUUUAUUUCUUGGGAACACUACUUUGACGUUACAUUUAUCCCACUUUGUACUCCAACUAAGUCUUUGUACCUUUUUAAAUACCUUUUUAAAUAAUUUAAAAACGGUACUGCUUUAGUUCAUAGAGCUGCACGAUCAUAAUCGAGUUUUGUUUAUAUAAAAAAUGCAAUAUAGGCUUAGAUUUCAACCCACCCCCACAUUGAACAGCUAUAACUCCUGUUUUUUUCCCAGGCUCUAUUGAUGCUGCGGGCAGUGUCACUCUGUCUUUCAAGGCUUUUGCUGAAUUGUUUGUGUUUUUACUUUUUCCCCCCUUCAGUUUGCUCUGAUUUGCAGCAUGGAAAUUAAAAAGAAGUGCGCUUGGCGUUCUGGAAGCUGUCUCCGUUUUCAGACAGAAACUCCCUCCAGAAACGCGGCCUUGCAGGGAUUGUAGUCUGAAUUUACAAACAAGAAAGGUCUGCACACAAUGUGUGGUUUCAGUGCCAAUUAAGCCUAUAACAGGCGAAUGAGGAGCUUGUCAGGCUUUGUGCUCUCGCCUAAAAUGCCAACUU